AGAAUCAAAGCAAAGAACAAUUUAGGAAUACCCAAUAGUACCAAAAACUACAUAUUGCCAUGGUAGCAAAACAAAAAUCAAAUAUUGUACCUCCUUUUGUUUCUUGUCAAAGAAUCCACCCAAACAAUCCCAAAUUCCAUUCCCUUUUUGGUCAACUUUCACAUUUUCAUUCCAAUCCCAAAAAAUAUAUUCAAUCUCAAUAUUAAAAUUGCGAGAUACUACUAAAUACACAUUUAAAACUUUUAUUUUUAUGUUAAUUGUGAAUAUCAAAUCAAAUACUCCAUAGUCUUAAAAAAAUUAAAUAAAAGAUUUUUUUCUUUAUUUUUUAAGGAAAAUAAAAUAGUUUAAAAAUAAGGAAAGUUUAAUAAGAAGAAAGAGUAGAAGAGGGAAAUGAAAUUUAGAUUUUGCGCUCAUAACAAUUGGACCACUCUCUUCAACAAAGCGCGCAACCUCAUCGCUACUCAACGCGCCGCCGCAUCCACCGCCGCUACCUCCGCCAUGGCUGACAUUAAAAUCCAAAAAACGAAACUCUGCAUCAUCGGAAGUGGUCCUUCCGCUCACACCGCCGCCGUAUACGCCGCCCGUGCCGAACUCAAACCAGUCCUCUUCGAAGGAUGGAUGGCCAACGACAUCGCUCCCGGCGGUCAACUCACAACCACCACCGACGUCGAGAAUUUCCCCGGUUUUCCCGACGGAAUCCUCGGUGGCGAACUCAUGGAACGCUGCCGCCAACAAUCUGUUCGUUUCGGUACUGAGAUCUUCACCGAGACAGUUUCCAAGGUCGAUUUCUCAUCUCGUCCUUUUAGGGUUUUUACUGAUUCAAGAACCGUUGAAGCUGAUUCCGUUAUCGUCGCUACCGGUGCUGUUGCGAAACGGUUACCGUUUACUGGCUCUGGUGAUGGUCCUGGCGGUUUCUGGAACAAAGGGAUCUCAGCUUGUGCUGUUUGCGACGGCGCUGCUCCGAUCUUCAGAAACAAACCGUUGGCUGUAAUCGGAGGUGGUGACUCAGCUAUGGAGGAAGCAACGUUUUUAACAAAAUACGGUUCAGAAGUUUAUAUAAUUCACCGUAGGGAUACGUUUAGGGCUUCGAAGAUUAUGCAGAGUAAAGCUUUGAGCAAUAGUAAGAUUAAGGUGAUAUGGAAUUCGGCGGUGGUUGAGGCUUAUGGAGAUGGAGAGAAUAAGAAGCUUGGUGGUUUGAAGGUGAAGAAUGUGGUGACUGAAGAGGUUUCUGAUUUGAAGGUUUCUGGAUUGUUUUUUGCAAUUGGUCAUGAACCUGCAACUAAGUUUUUGGAUGGUCAAUUAGAACUUGAUUCUGAUGGAUACGUUGUGACGAAGCCUGGGACGACGAAGACUAGUGUUGAGGGAGUUUUUGCUGCUGGGGAUGUUCAGGAUAAGAAGUAUAGACAAGCUAUUACUGCUGCUGGAACUGGGUGCAUGGCAGCUUUGGAUGCAGAACAUUUCCUGCAAGAGCUUGGUUUACAACAGGAGAAAACGGAUUGACUAGCUAAGGGAUGUCCAGAACUCAGACGAUGCUUAAUUAGAAGCAAUGUUUGAUUUAUAUAAAGAAGAUUGAAAACAGUUCUUUAUGUACUCUGCUAUAAUCUUUAUUUGUUCGUUGUUAUUCAAAAUUGAUGGCGGAGUUAGACUUGCAUUAUUUUAGAAGCAUUGAAGCUCACAGACAUGCGUAUAUUUGUUUGAACUUACGAUUUAUUGGGUUAAUGGAAUGAAUUGGUUAUUGUGUUGAUGCAAA